AUGAGUGAAGUAUAUAAUUUAGAUAAUGAGCAGACUUUUCUACCCAAUGCAUUGGGAGCCGAGAAAUUAAAACAUAAGAAGAGAAUAAAUAUGAAAACGAGAAAUGAAAAUGAAAAUACAGAAGAUGAAGGAAACAUAUCGAGAUUGGACUAUGAAUUAAGUUCUUAUGGAGAUUUGUUAGUCAGAGCUAUGAAACCGAUUCGUGGCCAGAAACAGCUCCUGAAACGCCUUUAUUCGGAUGUAGAUGAAGUGUUGGAGAAGUGUACAAUCAACGAACUUAGGCGUGCCGUUUAUGAACCUUGUUUUAUUACUUCAUUGGAAGGCAAGAAACUGGCAGCUCAUUUCAUUCUGAGAAUUGGUAUUGACAAAUUCUGGUUGUUAGUCAAGAAAGUAGUUACGUCCGAGAAGACUAGCAAGGUGCAAUGUGUCAACUAUGGUGAGGUUUUAUUAUUGGCCUGGAAAAACGUUGUGAAGGAUGGUGUCAAUAAAUUCCAGGAUCGGCUGGAAAGAAUUUUUAUGGACGUCGUCUAUUAUGCCUUACAGCAUCUUCGUUGUAAUAAAAAAUUUAUGGCGAUGCUCGAAUGUUUCGGGAAAGCUAGAAGCAAACAGAUUGAUGCAAUGAUAUACCGUACAUUCGAGCCGAAUUUGUGGCGUUGUUUGAAGGCGGCUAACGAAACAGUGCGAUACAAUGCUUGCUGCUUAUUUUUGCCGUUCUAUCCAUUUGUGUCGGAUGACGAUAUCGAAAAUGCGGAAAAUAUCAGUAUGCAGCAAGGAAUAAUUAUCGAUCUUCUAAAGGAUGAUAGUUAUGGAAUUCGGUCUGAAGCAUGCAGGCGAACAUUAUUUAUAUUGAGCACUUAUUUCGACACAUUUCCUCUUGAUUUUAUCAAGCAAUGUUUGACGCAAAUUAUCGAUGUUUUAUCAGUGGAUAGUAUUGUUAGCGUAAGGAUAGCAGUUUACGAAGGAAUGCGCGAUCUUUUACGUUGCGGAAGCGCUCUAAAUGCUUGUGAACGGGCCCUAAAAUGCUUAUUUGAUAAUAGAGGAAUCAAUGACCGUUGUGAUCACGUUCGACUGGUUGCAUUUGAAUUACUGAAUGCGCUAGUAGGCCAUCGUUUCAUCAAGCUUAGCGAGGUGGUGAAGAUGGAUCGCAUUUUGAAGGUGUUUGCGCUUGAGGAAUCUGACAUGGUUCGAAAAGAGAUUGCAAAACUGUUACUGCCAUUUUAUAUGAAACCAGGACUGAGUCCGGAUGAGGUAAUCCGUCGCAUAAUUGUUAUGGGACAUGAGAGUGAAAUCGCUGCUUUAUCUUUCCAUCAUAUAAUUACUGCUGAAAAUUUAUUGCCAAUCGAACAUGCUGUACAACACGGGAAAUCAUUGGUGCUUGCUGUAUAUAAAACACUGCGUUCGUUGAAAGGAAUUGAUGGCUGCGAAACAGAUGAGGCGAUAUCUGUGUGCUCGGAAGCGACUACAUGUGAAACAUUCAUUGAGCCAGUCCAAGAUGAAACAAACGAAAAAUUCGAGCUUUGGCGUUCAUCGCAUUUGCUGUUAAACUGUUUGGUGGUAAUGUGGCUUCCGCUACGGCUUACUUUGGAUGACGAAAAGUAUGCAAAAGAAAACGAAAAUCUGAGGAGACUUCUCACUAAAUUAUUCAAAUUUGCAUUUUUGCAUUAUCGAAAUACGUCGAUUUUGGAAGCAGUGAUGCAUUUGGGCAAAACUUUGGACAACUGGAAGGAAGGAAGAGUAUUAGUGUUGCAGGAACUGUUACAAAAUUGUAGUUUAGAUGAUGAAAAAGCUACAGUUUAUUUAGAAGCAGCUACCAGUUGGGAUUUUUUGGCUCUCUUGAAAUUUAUCGAUGAUGCAUUCGAAACUGUGAAACGAGAAACGUGCGGUGAUAGUCCGCUAAAGAAGCGUGAAAAGAAGUCGAAACUUCCGAGCGAUGCGUUUAACAGAUCGUUAUUGUAUUUGGAUCGUAUCAUGAAACAACCCGAAAUAAGGCAUCAUUUGGAGUACAACUAUGCCAGUUAUGUUUCCAAAUAUUGCAAGACUCUCACUUCAUUGCGGCAGUUAAUUAUGGAAAAUAUUUUACAAAAAGGAUUUCGGUCCCCUAGCCUUACUUUUACUUUUGAAAAUAUAAUUCGCGGUAUCCGCAUGCAGUAUAUUCUGGCUGUUAUGAUUCUUAGUGGCAACAAGAAGGAUGACGAAGAAGAACUGUUGAAAAAUAUGCAGGAUGAUGUGAAGUGGUUAAAAGAGUCUGUUAUGCCAGAAUUUUUAAAGGAUCUGACCGAUGAGCAAUUGGACAUGAUAAUCAAAGUUUGCGAGACAUAUAUCUGUUUGUGGACGCAACAGCUUAAGACGUAUAACGCACCAUUUGCGUUCAGAGUAGAAUUGUGUGAUAUUCAGUGGAUUGAUAAUAUGAAAAACAGUCCUGGUGCUGUCAAACUUUUUACAGCUGUGAUAGAAUUGUUCAAAAAUUUGAUUAUUGCAGCGGCCGUCAAUAAUGAACUGGAAGAAAUAUCGGUGGCAAGUUUAUCUGUUUCCAUUUUCAAAUAUUUGACUACCUGUUCAAAGUGCAAGUUUAGCGAUUUUGACCGUAAAAAUGCAGCAGAAGGAUGGCUUUCUAUCUGCAACACUUUGAACAGCUUCAGUUUGCUAACGUCGAAUGCAAUUGCUAUGCAAGCAAAAACUAUUGCUAAUUUAGUUUUAGAAGAAUUUUCGGAGAUCAAUAAAAAGAACCCAAUUGGUCCGGGCUUGGAACUUAAUUUGGUCAUUGAUUUCUGGAUUAACAAAAUUUUGUUAAAGUACCGAUUAUUACGCUGCUCUGUACUUGCUUACCUCAAGGAUAAAAUUGAAGAUCUAUUUUCAAAUGCUGUGCAAGAGGACGAAAUCCAUUGUUGUGGAGCAGUGAUACAAUUUCUCUUGCUUCUUCGUAGUUCAGCAAAGAAAAUUCCGAGUACCCCAAUUAGCUGCAGCGUGCGGAAAGAUACAAAUUUGUAUGAAACAUGUGUGGAGAUAUUGGGUGAGCAAUUAAGGAGAUCAGGUUAUAAAUAUGAGAAAAAUGAAAUGUUUUUGCACAUGGAUGUUCUUCUUAAAGAACUGUAA